AAGGUCGCCAACCUGGACUUUGAAGCCCGCGUCCCGGUCCCUUUCAGCGUCUUCCCGUCAUCAUACAGGGAGUCUGAAAUCGCAACCCAAACCCACCGACACGAAGAGUUAGAGAUCAAGCUCCCCCAGCACGCCGGACGGGAAGGUCAACACUCUUCUUUCCAAGCCCAAGCACAUCUUCCUCCACGUGGAGAGGGUCGCUUCAGAGAAGAAGAGGUCCGCAUCACUCGUGAAGAGGAACAUCACCGCCGUCCCGGCACCCACGCAGAGUUCACCUACCGUGAAGAGCAUCGCAGACCUCAAUCUACCUACACCGAAUCUCGCAUUGAGAUUGACGCUCAACACCGCCCCUACGGCUCCGCCAUUGACGUUGCUGAGAGCGAGUACCGCUCCCGGGUCCAGCCUAACUAUCGCAAGGAGGUCCACGUAACUGGCACCACCGUCGAUCCCCCUUCCUACCGUCCCACCUACAAGGCUAGCACUGUUCACGUCACGGGUUCUACUGUCGACCCACCUGCUCCUCGCUCCGUCUACCACAAGGACGUGAAGAUCACCGAAGAGACCGUAGAGUAUCCCCGUUCCACCGCUCCAAGCCAAAAAUCCAAGAUGGGUUACUACGACGAGGACGGCCACUAUCACUCUUUCCGUCAGGGAUUGCACAAGUUGGCUGACCGUAUCGUGCAUCCUGAAGGCCAUGAGCGCGUUGAGGUUACCGAGGUCCGUGAGACCCGUCGCCCCCGCGAGCCGGCCGCGCCAGCGGAUGCCUCGUACGCGCCCAACACGGUGACCAUUCCCUGCCACCACAUCCGGCUGGGCGACAUCCUCAUCCUCCAGGGCCGCCCGUGCCAGGUCAUCCGCAUCUCGACCUCGGCUGCCACUGGCCAGCACCGGUAUCUCGGCGUCGACCUCUUCACCAAGCAGCUUCAUGAGGAGUCGUCGUUCGUCUCGAACCCGGCGCCCAGCGUGGUCGUUCAGACCAUGCUCGGCCCGGUCUUCAAGCAGUACCGCGUCCUGGACAUGCAGGAUGGCACUAUCGUCGCCAUGACUGAGACGGGCGAUGUCAAGCAGAACCUGCCUGUCAUUGACCAGAGCAAUCUGUGGAACCGUCUGAAGAAGGCUUUUGAGACUGGCCGCGGCAGUGUUCGCGUCCUGGUCGUCACUGACCAUGGCCGCGAGAUGGCCGUUGAUAUGAAGGUUGUCCAUGGCUCCCGCCUCUAA